AUGGCAUCUGGCAACGUACCUUUAAUUGAAGAUUCUAUUACUUGUGUGGUCUGUCUACAAUAUUUCGAUGAUCCACGUAUACUACCUUGUUCACAUACUUACUGUUUUAAAUGUAUUAAACAAGUGGCUUCUGUCAAAAACGGUGAAUUCGAAUGUCCAUUGCAGGAUGGAACUAAAAUCGAUAGUAAUCAUAUAGAUUCAUUACCGCUCAAUAGAGUAGCACGUGAUAUAAUUGAAUUACAUGUUUCAAAUACGAAAAAACAAUGUAAAUAUGGUGCCAGUUGUCAUGACCAAUCCGAUCCAACACAUUGUGCUCGUUUUCAACAUCCUACAAGAGCAUCAUCAUUCGUUGCAGCAGCUACUAAUGAUACUCAAUCAUCAAAUGUGAACUCAAAUACUGCUCGUUUGUCGCGUAUUCGUACAAAUCACAGCGGUGAUGAUAUUGAAAGAGAGCAUAGUAUUAGAGGUGGAAUGAAUUCUGGAAGAUCCAACAAACAAGAUGAAACAACAAUAAAAAGUAUGCUCGAGGAUGCUGUUAAUGUUUCACCAUUUUCAAAUACGAAAAAACAAUGUAGACAUGGUGCCAGUUGUCAUGACCAAUCCGAUCCGACACAUUGUGAUCGUUUUCAACAUCCUACAAGAACAUCGUCAUUUGUUGCAGAAGCUACUAAUGAUACUCAAUCAUCAAAUACGAACUUAAAUACUGCUCGUUCGUCGCGUAUUCAUACAAAUCACGGUGAUGAUGAUAUGCAAAAAGCUUAUAGAAUUGGAGGUGCGAUAGCUUUAGAAAGAUUGAGUCAACAGGAUCAAACAACAAUAAAAAAUAUGCGUGAGGAUGCUGUUAUUGUAGUGCCAGGUACUUAUGAUCAUAUUGAUCAGGUACUGACGAAGCUUAAUUUAAAAUUUAGCAUUGUUCAACAGCAUGAAUUAAUUAAUUAUCCAUUUCGUGCUUAUCAAACAGUAUAUAUUAAUUGCGCCUCCAACUUUCCCAAGGAAGCUGCUCAUCGUUUACGAGAAUUCGUUGACAAGGGUCUUCAUAUAAUAACAACCGAUUGGGCAUUAAGAAACGUUUUACAAGUAGCGUUUUCUGAUUUUGUUAGACAUAAUGGUCAAUCUACGCGCGAUGAAGUUGUUGGUAUCGAAGUGGUAGAUCCUAAUCAUCCAUUUGUUAAUGGUUUUGUAUUAGCUGCCAAACAUGCUCAACCACAAUGGUGGCUUGAAACUGGAUCACAUCCGAUUGAAAUUGUCAAUAAAGAAGAUGUUAAAGUUCUUAUACGUUCACAAGCUUUGCAUGAUAAAUAUCAUUCUGAUGCGGUUAUUGUCACAUUUGAUUGUGGACAAGGUAAUGUUACACAUAUGAUUUCACAUUUUUAUUUACAACGUUCCGAAACAGCUAAUACUCGUCAUAAGAUGCCCGCUCAACAAUAUGCACAAGACAUUAAAGCAUCAGAUAAUAUUACCAAACUAAUUACUAAAGAUGGUCAAAAUCUGAACUAUGCUCAAAUUCAAUCAUCAUCAACUUCAGCGCAAUUUAUUUACAAUUUAGUUUCGAAUCGUCUUAACUCUACAAAUCAAUCAACUUCAUCAACACAUAGUCGAAAGCAUUUUCAAUAA